AUGCUGUAAUUUAAUUAAAAUCAACUUAUUGGACCUAAACCUACUUUCAUGCAGCCUUUGGAUUCUUAUAAGAAUCUAGAUGUUGAUGAUACUUAAUGUACAGAUGACUUUUAAAUUAAAAUUUUAUCUUAAACUAACAAUUCUUUUAUAGAAACUCCUCAAAUAAAAAAAGAAGGCCUUAGUAAUAAAAAAGAUAGCUAGAAAAAAGUUAAAUUUAAUCUUAACAUUGUUCAUUGUUAAUUUAAUUAGAGAGAACCUGUUGUAGCUAUAAGAAGGCUAGUUUAGAAAUUAAUGAAUUAGAAACCACAACUCUCUUGGGUAAACCCUCAAGUCUUUAAAAACUAAUGA